AUGGACUUGGCCGGGUGGAAUGUCUGCCAAAAGCCUUAUGCUACAACAACGCCGACAACUACGUCUGCGGGGAUGGAAAUGUCUGGAAUGAUGAAACGGAUGGAUGGCAGCAUGAGCGACGCUAGCGGUAGCCAGAUGGCAGUAUCUACGAUGAAACCAUCACCAUCUAUGGCAGACCGGAUGGGCAUGGCCAGUUCAGGAAAUAUAGGACAGGCAAUGGGACUGAGUGCUCGGGGCUGCAUGCCGCCUAUGUUGUUUCGACCGGGGUACAGUAUCAGGUCAUUGCCGCCAGACACCUGCGAGAAUAUUACGCCACCCCAGUCACUUAUCUCAGCGAAUGCUUCGCAGGGAUGGCUUGCCCUCAAUUUGGUCAAUUCUGGAGGAGUCAGUGCUCUCAGGGUAUCCCUCGACCGUCACUCGAUGCAUAUUUAUGCUGCUGAUGGCCUCUAUGUUAAACCACAGGAGGUGAAAGUGAUUCCCUCACAGAGUAGAAGGAAUGGAUAUGUCUCCGUCAAGCGUUUCAGUCGACCCAGAUUUGAAAUCAUUUGGAUGCGGACAAAUGGCACAGCUAAAUCCGGGGCCCGUGAACUAGCUGAGACGCAGCUAUCGCCUUUUGAAGGUAAUAGACCGCCGUCCUCUAAAGCUGCGGACCUCACGCGACAAUUUACAAUCAAUCAGACUGGCAUUGUGACUUGGGUUGUGAACAAGGACCCAUAUGCUGAGGCUGAGAUUCGUCUUAUGGGCCAUCCAAUGCACCUUCAUGGUCACAAGUUCUGGGUGCUGGGUUCUGGCAGUGGCUCGUUUCCUUAUCAGUCCGUGGCAGAAGCACCAUCGUCCAUUAUCAACCUCGAUGAUCCACCAUAUAGGGACACAGCGAAUGUGCCACCAUCAGGAUGGCAAGCAAUUCGCUACGUGACCGAUAAGCCUGGGGCAUGGAUACUUCACUGCCAUAUCCAGUGGCAUAUUGUGAGUGGGAUGGCGUUAGUCCUGGUCGAAGGCGAAGACCGGCUCCAGACGUUAGUUGGUUCAUUCAACGUCUCAACGAUGGAGCCGUCGACCACAUCUGGCAGCAGUUUAGCCAUUAGCCUUGGCAAGACGGCCCUUUAA